GAGUAUAAUCAAGUAUAAUCACUAUACUAUAGUGCAUUGCAGUGUGUACGUUGGUGCACGCCUGGUCAAGUGGUUGCAAGCAGCUAGAAUGUGAAGGUGGAGUUUGUGAAAUUAAAUAUACGCGUCAUCGACAAUAUUACACUUUGAUACGAUGUCAUUUUAACAGCGAUACGAUGACUAUCAGUAACAAUCUGGUGUAAUCAAUGAUUCUUAAAUAAUUCGAUGAAAGUUUUCGAUAGUGUGUUUGGUGAAUAAUUUAUAUCGAUAAAACGAACAAUGACAAUAAUUAUGUAGUAAAUGAAUCGCUAUGAUUAGGAUUACGUAGUGGACGAUUCUAAUUACACGAUAUAUAUAUAUUUCAUCUUUUGAGGUUAUGCGGUAUUUUUUUUCUACCGAUCGAUUUUACUUUUGAUGCGUCAAUCGGUCGCGGUUUAACCAUAACAAAUGUUGAAUCCUUGUUGGUCGUUUUCGUGCUUAUCAAUUUUAUACAACUCAUCUGGCAGGGAAUAAAAAUCAACAAUGGUUUUUGAAUCGAUCGUCGCAGAGCUCCUGAACAAGGUGCUGGGAGAAUAUAUUCAAAAUUUGGACUACACGCAAUUAAAACUCAGUUUAUGGGGAGGUGAUGUUGUAUUAACGGAUCUAUUAAUAAAAGAAACUGCCUUAGAUGUGUUAGACCUGCCUAUCAGAUUGGAAUAUGGAAGAUUAGGAAAACUUAUAUUGAAAAUACCCUUCAAGGAUAUGUGGAAUGGUCAAAUCGACGCAGUGGUAGAGGAAUUAUUUGUGCUUAUAGUACCUACAAGCCAGGUUGUAUACGAUGCAGAGAAAGAAGCGAAAGUACAGCUGGAAACUAAGCGGGCAGAACUCGCGAGAGUUGAGAAAAGAAAACAAUUAGCUGAUACUAAAUUGCAAGAAAAGUUAGAUGAUUCCAUGAUCGAAAAGCUCAUCGCCCGUAUGAUAAAGAAUAUUCAUGUCGAAAUUAAACGUAUUCACGUGAGAUACGAAGAUCAUGUUUCGUUUAAAGAUCAUCCAUUUUCGGUCGGUUUUACUCUCAAUAAAUUUAUCUUAGAAAGUUGCACAGAUUCUUGGAAGACGAAUGGCAAUUUAAAAGACAUGUACGCCAUUCCGCAAAUUUACAAGUUAUGUACACUGGAUGGUUUAGCUGUAUAUCUUAAUACAACUGUAGAACAAUUUAGUAGUGGCACACACUCAAACUAUUCGGAUCUUUUUUACAGCGGUAUCGCGACUAUAGAUUACAAUCCACCUGGGUACCAAUACUUAUUGGGUCCAAUAAAUGUUAACGCAAAAUUAAAGUUAAAUCCAAAACCAGAGACUGAUGGGAGUAAUUAUACUAUUCCCAAGGUGUGGUUAGAUUUAGAAAUGCAGAAAUUGAGGAUCGGCUUGGCGAAAAAGCAAUAUCAAACACUGGUUCAUUUGGGCGAAGGGUUGGACCAAGCUCAGAAAGCUGCACCGUAUAGAAAGUACAGACCAAAUCUUACAUCAUAUAGAGGACACUAUAAAGAAUGGUGGCGCUUUGCGUAUACUUGCAUAUUAGAGGAAACCGUGCGUAGAAAUCGUAGGAAUUGGAAUUGGAAUCAUAUGAAACAACACAGGGAUCUUUGUCGCGAAUAUGCUAACGUGUACCAAACAAAAUUAACGAGUAAGAAAGUUGCACAAGAAAUAGAAGACUCUCUCACGAAUUGCGAAAAGAAACUAGACAUCUUCAAUUUGGUUAUCAUUAGACAACAAAUCGAAAUGGAAGUGGAAAGGUUGGCAGAAAAAGAAAAAAACUUGAAAGCGAAGCGAGGCUGGUUUGGAUUUCUAUGGUCCGGUUCGCAAACGGAAGAUACGGAAGAUUUAAACUCGGCCGCUGCGAUAAUGCGGAAAUUCGAACAGGCAAUGACGCCGCAAGAAAAAGAAAAGUUAUACAGAGCGAUCGAUUACCAAGAAAACACCGCGCCAGCCCAUUAUCCCGAAACAUACGAAAUGAUUGAUACCCGAUUUCUCUUACACGAACUUCAAAUUAUAUUCUUAGACAUGACUAAAGAACAUCCGUGUAUUUUGGAUCUUCAGCUCCACGCUGUUCAAGCGUGCUUCAAGUCGAGACCGUCUGCCAACGGCGUUUUAGUUACAGCAUCCAUCAAUGAAAUGAAACUUUUAGGAACGAAGCAAGACGAACACGUUCCGUCGCUUUUCAAUUCUCACGAGCACAGCGCCGAUUCUGUUUUAUUAUCCGUAUCGUACGAAAAGAAUCCUCUCGAUAAACUGUGCGGCGAUCGCGUGAUAGUGAGAUCGACGUCCGUGGAUAUUAUUUACGACGCACAUACCGUAAUAGAAUUAGUAAAUUUGUUCAAAGUACAAAACUCGUCGACGUUGAGUCAACUUCAAGCAGCCGCCGCGGAACAGUUGGAAGGCUUGAAGGAAAUGUCGGCUCUAGGUUUGGAGCAUGCUAUCCAAAAACACUCGGUAUUGGAUAUACAGGUCGACAUGCAGGCGUCCCAAAUAAUCAUUCCGCACGAUGGGUUCUUCGACGAUACAAAAUCUCUGCUAGUAGUAAACCUCGGUAGUCUGAAAAUGCAUUCCUUAGAGAAAGAAAAAGAUGGUAGGUCGGGCGUGACUGUUAAAGAGUUGAUCAGCAUGGGUAAAAGCGAGGAGGAUGUAUUGCUGCAUCUUAGAGAGCACAGUUACGACAAAUUCGUUUUAAAAAUAGUCGAUUUUCAAGUAUUAGUUUCGCUACCGGGAGAGGAAUGGCGCACAGUUGUAUCUAAAGUAGACGAUAAUAUGAUGCUACUGCAACCGACAUCGCUCGAGAUCCAAUUUCACAAAUGCUUGAUCACAGACGAUCCUCUUCUUCCAAAACUCAGACUUAUCGGUCAAUUGCCGUCAGUUGUAAUCAAUAUAACCGACAAUCGCUUGUUGCAAGCUCUUUCUAUAGCUCAGAGUAUCCCAUUUCCACAAGAAGACCAAUCCGCGGAUCUUCGGAAAGUUUCACUCAGCAAAUCCGUUUCUCAGUUGUCUCUGUUGAAAGAGCUGAGCACGAUUUCUAGCAUCUCCGAGAAAAAGAAAGAGGCAACUGUCCCGGUUAAGCAAACAACCGACUUGGAAAUGAAAUUCGAAAUGAAAGAAUUUACGCUGUUGGUCUCGUCUCAAAGAGACGGCGUAAUAACCCCGUUUAUGAAACUCGAGGUGUUGCAGUUGGAAGCAGAAAUGGUGCAACGAACGUACGAUCAAGAAAUAUUGCUGAGAUUAGGUGGCGUUCAAGUGAAACAGCACUAUAACGAUACAGAAAUAUUUAUGGUGAACACUCCCAUGUCGUCUGGCAAAGACGAGUAUCUGAUAACGGUACAGUACAUAAACGUAAAUAAACGAUCACCAGAAUUCGCAACGAAGCACGGUUCUGUUAUCAAAUUAUUGAAGUUGGAAUUUACGACGUUGGACUUGUUGCUUCAUCAGGAAGCUCUUAUAAGCGUACUUCAGUUCGCAACUUACAUGCAGGAUCAAAUGAACGCUAUAACGACUAGUAUGAUCGAGAAAGAACGUCGUCUGCGUCCGCGACCGAGUCGUUUGACUUCUAUUCAAGAAGAAACCUCCGCGUUCUUUAAAGAACAGCUUCAGAAACAAAAGAUCAGAACGACGACGCCUCGUCGAAGAAGAACAACGAUCGAGCACAUAGAUUUAAAGGUUCAGGCGAAAGUUGGGACUAUAUGCAUGAAGCUUGUUAGCGAUUGUAGAGAAAUCUCUGCGUUCUAUAUCGGUGGUAUCACCGCUGGAUUUAUAAUGAAGACUUCUUACUCUCAAGCGAACGUUAAUCUAUCCUCCAUCAGUAUUACGGAUCUUAACGCUGCUUCAGAUUAUAGAGACAUUCUGUCGGUGACAGAAGAUACAGAAUCUUUACAAAUCCAAGCUACAAUGUACAAUAUCGAACCAUCGGACGUCGAUAAGAAUAACAUGUCUAUCACUGUCGUAAUGGGAUGUUAUCGUAUCGUCUUUCUAAAUAUGUUCGUCACUAGCAUAAUGAGUUUUCUGAAUAAUUUCCAAGCUGCUCAACAAGCUAUAAAGGACGCCUCAGCGGCGGCCGCUGAGGCCGCGAGGACGAACAUCAAAGACGUCCAGGAAAGUGCAGCCCGUAUCGGACUCGCAGUAAAGAUCAAGGCUCCAGUUAUAUAUGUUCCGAUGCAUUCAAAGAGCAACCAUUGUUUAACAUUGGACAUGGGUAACCUUACCAUAUGUAAUAUUUUUAAAAAGCUAGAAGUUACCAACGAAAGCGAAGAUUACCCUGUCGUCGACGAAAUGAAAAUUGAAUUGCAAAACUUGAAGUUAUCCAGGGUGAAGUUGAACAUGGAACAGUUCGCAGUGGAAAAUGAAAUAUUGCUGUUGGAACCGGUUAGCUUCACGUUGCUUAUCAAACGAAAUUUAUCGACUGCUUGGUUCACCGCUAUACCAGACAUCGAUAUGUCCGGAAGGUUAAAUAAAAUAAAUGUGUUAAUAAGCAAAGAAGAUUACGUGACCGCGUUGAAAGUAUUGGAAGAAAAUUUAGGCGAAACAGCCGAAGAUACGAAAGCUGUGCAAACUGUUGGUCAAACCGAGAAGAAACUCGAAGUAGAAGUUUUACAACAUCAUCAAUCUGACAAAUUCGAAGGGGCACCUGUAAGAAACUCGGAAGAUACAGACUCUCAAGAACAAGUAAACGUUCACACGUCUAUUAAAUUGGAGUUCGUUAUGGACAGUCUUGUGAUCAGUUUAUACACUGGAGGGUCAAAAAUGCUUCGAUCGCAAAGUUCUCUUCUGCAUCUACCAGAGAAUGGAUUGGCGAAAUUCUGCUUGACUCAUUUCGCAUUGAAAAGUAGAAUAUUCGCGGAUGGAUUAAUGGCAACCUCGAUCCUUCUUAUGAACUGCACAUUGGACGACACGCGUCAAAAUAGACAAGGCUCUCUUAUCAGAAUUAUGGAACGAACGACAGCAGUACCUUCUAUGGAUGAUAUCGAAGAAGAAUCCAAGUCUGUUCGCAGCAUGUUGGACAUGACUAUUAGACAAAGUUCGAACGACAUGUUCGUGGAUAUUAGAGUCUUCUCCUUCAGCAUAAUCGUAUCUCUCGAUUACUUAAUGAAAGUAAAGGACUUCUUCGCUAUAGAAGAAACGCCGUCGAAUAAAGCAGCGUCGCAAAAUGUUCCGAAGAAUUACAACGAUCCAACGACGAAAAGGAAACAAACUCAAGCCGCACCGAGUAAAAAAAUGUUCACGAUUAAUCUACACAUCGAGAAACCAGAUAUCAUUCUCCUCGAAGACAUGGACGACAUAGACUCGAAUUGCAUCAUAUUAAAUACCGAGCUGUUAUUAAAAGUACGCUUGAUAGGGGAACAUCAAGUAAUAUCGGGUUCCAUAAAGGACUUGUCGAUUUUAGCUGGUAUAUAUAAUCCGCAGAAGAGAAGCGAUUGGAUAUAUCAGGUUCUAAGGCCGUGCAGUAUUAGCGUAGCGGGUUCUACACCGGAUGAAAAAGGACUUCACAUCGAUAUUUGUUGCACCGAUAUUCAUGUAUCAGUUUCCCCAGGUGUCAUAGAAAUAUUGAAUAAAGUAGUUCAUACUGCUACGAAAACGGAAGUAAAGGACGAGGAAGUCGUGAUUUCUGAGCCAAAUCAUAAAGGAUUAUGGAUUAUAACUCCGUACGAGGAGAGCGACUUUUGGUUUUUAAAAACAGAAGUAGGAGUAGAAGCUGUAGAAGAUUUUAUGUUUACCGAUCGCGGAGAUGUUACGCUCUACAAACCAGAGUUGGCGAUCAUUUCCGCGCCAACAAUUUUAUUCACGUUGGAAGCAGGUGUCGGCAAUAAAACGUUACCUAUGCUUCUGCUUCAUAUUGGGUUUCAAAGUAACGUUAACGAUUGGAGCUCGAAAUCCAUGAGCAUAGAGGGUACAAUGUCGUUGAUUAUGGCAUAUUAUAACAGUCGUCUAGCAUUGUGGGAACCAUUGAUCGAGCCCAUAGAGGGAACCAGAAACGGCAAACGAAUUUCAACGCCGUGGGAACUCAAAACUAAAAUUCAAUUUAACGAAGUGAUGGUGGAUUCCAGAGGAGCGAGCAUAAUGAGCCCGACUUCCGAUAGCGAACCGGAAGAAUUACAUCAAACUGCUAAAAUGUCUAUCGACAUAAUAUCUACUGAAAACUUGGAAAUAACCGUAACGAAAACUUGUCUGGACGUCCUCAAACAACUCGGCAACGCGUUUUCGUCCGCAAUGGAAGCCAGCGAAAAAGGAACACCGAAAAGUCUCUCGCCCUAUGUACUCAAAAACGAGACUGGUUUGGCGAUCGUUUUAGAUUUGGAACGCAGCCACUUUAAGGUCUUCGAUGACGGGUCAAAAAUGACGAAUGAUAGCGCGGUUGCGUAUAUGGAAGUGAUUCUUGAAUCUGGAGCGUCGAUAGAGCUCGCUCCGAAGACAACAAAAACUGAUAUACCUUUGCUCGACCAAGUGAAAACUGAAUCGAUAGAAGAAAGAGAAGACGACAAGUUCAUUAUUUCGUUCAAAGAAAUUGGAGGUACUCUGGCUAUACCCGUAUUAAGAGCUGAUAAGAGGUUCUUUUCCUUGAGAUAUCGAAAAGAAAGUUCCGAGGAGUGGGGCAUCGUCUCCGACGUUGUAGUCGACGAAGGAAGUACCAUUGUUACUCUCAGAAGCAUCCUUCAGGUGCAUAAUCAUUUCAGCGAACCGAUAUCCGUAUAUUAUAUGACUAAACGCGGGAACGAAGUCGAAUGCGUGGGCACCGUCGCGCCCGACAGCAAAUUAAAUCUUCCGUUAGACGCUGUAUACACUCCAACGAAUUGGCUGUUUUUCAGCGUCGAAAAGUACAUGGUUUCGAUCGAACCAUUCGUAUGGAAAGAUCUCCAAAAAACUGUCUCUAUGACCAAACUUUUAAAAUGCGAAAGUCGAACGAAACAAGAAGUCGUUGAACCAUUUUAUAUAAAGAUAUUUUUCGUGAUGAUUGUGGUUGGUAGUAUUUUAUAUAAUGAUAACAAUAUUGGCUUAUUAUUGAAUGCUAUUAACUGGCGAUCCAUAUUCUGUCGUUUCGUUGAUCACGUCAAGCAUCUUUGCUUCAAAACUUUAUCCUCAGAACACCCAAAAUAUCUGGAAGCACCUAUUCAGGUUGUAGGUGAAAUAGAGCAAGUUUACUUUGAAAAUACUAGCCGACACACGAUGGCAAGUACCAUUUACAACGUUCACUUGUAUCCAUCCGUGUAUUUCAAGAAUUUCUUGCCUAUCGAUAUUAUUGUAUGUUUACCUGGAGCCGUUCAAGAGAAGCUUUUAGAAGCAAGCAUGUCUUAUCAAAUACCUACAAUUGAUCCUGGGAAUUCUCAUAUAAUCAUAAAGUUACCAAAUUACUUAGAAAAGGAUUGGUCCUGUCGAGGCGAAAUAAUAGCGAAUCCGCCCGAAUUUUCAGUUUGGUCCUUCGAAUCUUUCGACAGCGCGCAAAAGGUCGUGUUGGACUUAGGAAUGCAUACAUCGUACAAACAUGGAUCUAUCGUCAUGGCAUUGUAUUGUCCAUUUUGGAUGUUGAAUAAAACAGGUCUAAUGUUGUCUUACAGAAAAUCAAGUAAGGGUUCUAAAGAACACUCGAGUCCGAUCAAGAGUUUGGUUUGUGUCAUGAAACCCCGUCGGCAACGCGUAGAAUACAGGAAGAAGAAAGCACGUUCGGGAGGUGAUGACUAUUUGAACGUAUUGUAUCAUCCUGAAAACUUUAAAGGACCGAUAUUAUUCUCGUUUCGUUCCAAAGUAUUCUUCGGUAAAAAGAAGGCAAUGAUCAGAGUGGAAGACGGCGAAUGGUCUGAGAAAUUCUCGAUAGAUGUUGCAGGAAGCCAGGGAGUAGUCGUUUGCAGAUACAACGGAUUGACGUACCAGAUCGGAGUUCACAAUCAAUUGACCUACAAUUCUUUAACGAAACAAAUUACGUUUACUCCGUAUUAUGUCCUUAUAAAUAAUUCCAAUUUUUUGAUGGAGUGUCAAGAGGGUGACAGACCAGCUGAUCCCAUGAUGAAGGUACCACCUGGUGAAUGCACCGCUCUCUGGCCUCGUUCUGAGAGCGAACAGAAGACCUUGAGAGCCAAGGUUGCAAGCGAACCCGAGAAAACACCGCCGUUCGUUUAUACGGAUAGUCAUACAACUUUACUAAAAUUAGAUAACAAGUAUGGAGGGAUCAACGUGGAUAUCCAAAUAAGCGAAGGAGGAAUUUACAUUUCUCUUUCUGCAUAUACUUAUGGAAAUGCUCCAGCCCUAAUUAUUAAUCACACCUCGCACACUAUUCAAUUUUGGGAAAAAGGUUCAUUGAACGUCAGAUCCGUGCAGUCGUUUAAUAGAAUGUUUUACACGUGGGAGAACCCAGCAGGUCCGCGAAAGUUAGUAUGGGAAGAUAGUAAUAAGAAAGAAAUCGAAGAUACUGUACGAAAGGACAUUCUAGGCACUUUUCAAUUACCAGAUCUCGAGGAAGAAGUGUUUUACGUAUCGUUUUUGGAUGGUCCCCAACGAAUACUUUUGUUCACGGCGAACAUGAAAAUCGCGGAAGACUGUCAGCUACUCGGUGAUCUCGAAGUCAUAGAACAAGAAGUAACGCUGAGUAUUCAUGGAAUUGGACUUUCGCUUGUUAACAAUAUAACGAGAUCGGAAUUAUUGUACAUGUGCAUAGCUAGCUCCGGCAUUAUAUGGGAAACGAGCAAAUCCCCCUCUCAUCGUUGGCGUGGCAUAAGUAUAAGAGAGGUAAACAUCAUCGAAGAAGGCUACCAAAACUAUAUACGAGAAGUACAAAUAGGAAAGAACCUAUCGCACAGAGUAAUGCUUGAACCAAAAUUGGAGGUCGACUAUUUGAACAUGGAAAUGUUUAAACCGCACCACAGAUUUCUGCGACGCACGUUUCAAACUGGCCUAUGGUUACAGUAUAGAACCUCGGCGCAUCAAGUGCAGUUGCAUGCAAAAAUCAACAGACUUCAAAUCGACAAUCAACUUUCGGAUUGUGUUUUCCCAGUUAUAUUAGCUCCAGUUCCGCCUCCGAAGAGUGUCACGCAAAGUAUCGUAAUGAAACCAUUCGCUGAGCUCAGUAUGGUUAAACGCUUGUUAGAGCACAGCAGCGUUCAACAGUUUCAAUAUUUUAAAGUUCUCAUUCAAGAAUUCCACGUAAAAGUGGAUAUCUUAUUUAUUAACGCGAUAAUGGGGCUGUUCGAAACGAACGAAAUGAACGACGCGGAAGCGAGCGAAUUAUUUAAACUGGACAUGAAAUUGGUGGACGAGCCUUUAAUGUACCACGUCAGUUUAAUCACUACAGCGGAACAGAAGAAUUUCUUCGAUUUACUUCAUUUCUCGCCGUUGAAGAUUCACAUAAGUUUUUCGAUGGCUGGCAGUAAUAGCGGCCCCUCCGCGGUACCUCAAGUAUUAAAUGUGUUAUUGCAAGGAAUUGGUGUCACUUUAACCGACAUUAACGACAUUGUUUUCAAAUUAGCGUAUUUCGAAAGAGAUUAUGUUUUCAUGACCAAUAAGCAACUAAUUUCCGAAGCAACGAUGCAUUACGUAGGGCAAGCGAUCAAGCAAGUAUACGUCCUCGUGUUGGGACUCGACGUGAUAGGCAAUCCCUAUGGCCUCGUCGUCGGUACCAUGAAAGGUAUCGAGGAUUUGUUUUACGAACCUUUCCAAGGUGCUAUACAAGGACCUGGAGAAUUCGCCGAAGGCCUACUAUUUGGCGUGAAGAGCAUGUUGGGUCACACGGUCGGAGGAAUGGCUGGAGCAGUUUCUAAAAUAACUGGAGCAAUGGGCAAGGGCAUAGCUGCUUUAACUUUCGACAAAGAUUACCAAAGAAAGCGACAAGAGCAACUCAACAAGCAACCCGCCAACUUACAGGAAGGUCUUGCUCGUAGUGGAAAAGGUUUGGUGAUGGGUGUGUUCGACGGUGUAACUGGCGUAGUAAUGAAGCCUAUAUCGGGUGCUAAGGAAGAAGGAGUAGAAGGUUUCUUCAAAGGCUUUGGAAAGGGUGUCGUUGGUCUCGUCACCAGGCCAACCGCUGGUGUUAUAGACUUCGCGAGCGGAUCACUCGGAGCAGUGAAACGCGCGACUGAGUUGAACGAAGAGGCAAAAAGAGUAAGACCACCUAGAUUUUUCCAACCAGACAAUUUAGUUAGACCAUUUAUACGAGAAGAAGCCGAGGGACACAAGAUUUUAAAUGAACUGGAGAAAGGGAAAUACGCAAACACCGACAUAUAUUUUUACCACGUAUACAUUAUCAAGGAUGUUGUAUUGCUUACCGACAAGAGAAUAGCGUACAUAGAACACAGCGAUUUAUUCGGCGGAUGGCGGGUGGAUUGGACUUACACGUGGCAGGACAUUAGCGAGUCGCCGAAAAUAGUCGAUAGAGGAAUUCAGAUUUUUAUAAAAGAUAGCAGUAAGAGAAAGAAGUUCGGAAACAUAUUUGGUAGCGCAAGCCAAUCGAGAGUAAUUUUAAUACCUGAUCACAAUACGAGACAGCUUUUAUACAAUAAGAUAAAGGAGCAGAUCAAUCAAUCCGGAUUAUAAUGUCAGCAAAGGCAAGGAUCGAAGUAGAUGACACGUACAAUAGAUACUUUAACUUAAAUACAGUUAAUGCAACUAAUAGUGCCUGGCGUUGUAAACUUAUAUUAAGCUUUGCAAAGGGAAACUUAACAAAUUCUAUACAUUAUGAAAGUUUUCUAUACACACUACUCACAAGACUGAUGUAUUAAUCGGAGUCAGCCGAAGGUAGAGAAGGAUCAGUAUAUAGUUUUAUAUUUAUUAUUCUACUAAUUUCGCUUUUAAAAUUCUCAAAUUUUUGAUCGCCUAACACUAUUUUCUACCAGUGAACACCGACUUUACAAAUCACUUCUUAUAUUUUCAAUUAACGUGUAUAAUAGCAAUAAUUACGUUAUUGCGUAUUACAUAGAUGAUGGAGUAUUUGAGCUCGAGAUAAUAAUGUUGCAAUGAUACUUAGAUAUUUCGUUAUUUUCAUAUACGAUGUUACAGGUAGAGAUCAAUAGAAAGUCGUAACUAAUCGUAAACUGCAAUUCCACAAUAAUUUCGAAAACAAUUGUUACAAAUUCAUUACAGUGGUGACUUUAACUUUGAUAUUAUAAAUUAAGGAAGCAUAAUUUUAGUACAUUCGAACGACUUUCAGUGGUGGAUUGUUAAGUUCUACUGUCAUUGUAGAAUAAUAAUUUGUUUUUGAUUUUUUUUUUACCACGUUGUUUCAUAGAAUAUAAAUCAAAGCGGUAUUUAUACUUGUACGUAAAAAUGCAAACCUGAGAGAAUGCGCACAUCUUAAGUUCGAUUAAACUUCUGUAUGUACCUGCCUAACUGUGUUACCAUUGUACAUAUACGUACAGAAUAUUUCUAAACGUAUUUAUUAUUAUUUACAUUGCAUACGAUAAUUAUUUUUCUUACAUAUACAUCACCAAAAUUGAAUAGUAAGUUCGUGUGUUUUCACAUACGAUACUGUAGAUUCUUUUAUACAGUUUGUUACUUGGUUUAUAUACCAUAUAAAAUGAUAUAUUAUAUCGAGACUAAUUAUAAUAACAUUCGUAUUUUUAAUAUUGUGCAUUGCGCGUACUUAGAAGCAGUCUGCACGAUCGUUGGUAGCACGUAACUAUUGUUAGACAACGUGUAAGUUAAAUAUAUAUAUAUAUAUAUAUAUAUAUAUAUAUAUAUUAUUAAAGUGGAAGAAUCUUCCACGAUUUAUAGGUCAUACACGUUACUGUACAAUUUGAAUUACCUUUAAACCAAAUGAACUAUUUAAAAUACGUUGUCACUGAAGAAAAAUAUAUCUGCAUUGUGUUAUA